GUAAGCCGAAUUCAGUGCAUAAAGAGAGACGACGAAGACGAUGACAUCAUCAGAAACAUGAGGAUUAGGAAGCCGAAGAAGAAGAAGAAGAUCAUGACCGAUUCGGAGCUAGCGAAAGAUUUGGCUAGAGAAAUCGGGAAAGCGAACACAGUGGCGGAACAGAGAAGAGAAGCGAUGAAGAAGAGCGGUGAGAUUCUAUGGGGAGAGUUUUGUAGGCAUAUGGAUUUGAAAGAAGAUGAGAUGAAGAUUAUAUGGAGCAAGAUUGGAGAAGAAGAGAAAUUGAGUCUGGUUAGAAAGUUUGUGGAUGAAUGGGCUGGUGAUUUUCAGCCUUUAUCUGUUAGAUCUGUGAAAGAAAUGGUUGAACAAGAGUGUUUGGAUUCUUCUAUAGAAUCUUCUUCUUCAGCUUCUUCUUCUAUGUCUUCGUUUUCUGGCUUGUUUCCUGGAUUGAAGAGAAUCAUUGGGUUUGAGUAGAAUCUCCAAUUUUCUUUAUAAUCAUUGCAAUUGUCUGAUCAGAUUCAUUGAGAACUUAUCAUCAGCAGUUUGCUAUCUUUAUGACAAAAACACUUUAUGGCAUUUGUAGAUCAUAUACAUUUGUAGUACAAGCCUCAUCGACUAGAAAAAUGGACAACUAUCAGAGUAAAUCAAUGUAUUUGCAUUGU